UCUGCGGGCCGGCUUUAGGAAGAGCAGCCUCCUCACGGACUCUCUCCGAUCAACACGGCGCUGCGUCGGCUCCUCACGUCAGCUCAGACUGUUUGUGGCUGGAGAUGUGAAUGGCCCCUCAUAUUGUAGAUAUGACUGUGGAGGAUCCUGUGGGCCCGUUGGUGUCCAGUCCUGUGGGGGAGGUCAAGUUCAUCUCUGAGCGUGUGCUGGAGGAAGAACUCACCAGCAGCAACCAGGAAGUAAUGUGCUAUCACACAGACACACCCGCUGGGGAGUGUGUGGCCUUCAGCGACAGUGAGGAGCAGUUCUGCAGGAUCUGCCAUGAAGACCGAGCCUCUGGGGAGCUGCUCUCCCCCUGCGAGUGCUCUGGCAGCCUGGCCAUGGUGCCCCGGGGCUGCCUGGAGCAGUGGCUUACUGCCUCCAACAGUGGCCACUGCGAGCUCUGCCAUCACCAGUUUGUGCUGGAGCAUCUGCCAAAGCCUCUGACUGAGUGGUGGUGCUCUCCGACCAUGCAGCAGCAGAGGAGGACACUGUGCGGUGAUGCAGCCUGUUUCCUAUUCAUCACUCCGCUCGCCUCCCUGUCAGGGUGGCUGUGCGUUCAAGGAGCCAUGGAGCUCUACUACACCAACAGGAUGGAGGCCCUGGGGCUCCUGGUCCUCACGCUGGCCCUCUUCACCAUCUACGUGUUCUGGACUGUGGUUUCUGUGCGCUACCACAUCCAUCUGUUCAAAACCUGGAAGAAGACGGACCAGAGAGUUCGAUUGCAGGUUCCUUCGUCAGCGCAAACGCCUCCUAACCAGCAGGUGGCGCACAUAAACUGCCUCAGCAAAGCCAUCAACAAAGAGACGAUGGUGUAGACUGAAGUCAGCUGACCACAGCACAAAGGAUGGAGCUCCUGACCCCAACAACAGCAGAGCUCAGACCAGGGCUGGAAGGUUCCUGUGAGAGCUGGAGAUGCUCUGAGGAGAUAAGGUGGAACAGACACCUGUCUCAGCGUGGAAGCUGUUUGAGAAACACGUGCAUCACAGGAGUGAAUCUGUCACUGAUGGAAACCCACCCCAGACUUUUCCUGGCUUUGUUGGACCAUUAAAAGACAAUACAAUCCCAUCCAUCCAUCCAUUCU